CCUUAUUCAAUUUUUUCCAGUUUAUCAAGAUGUUUAUUUGUAGGGUAUACAGUAGUAAAAACAUGAAUACUCUUCGUACAUGGAGCAAAGUAUGCAUGUCACAAUCAGAGCUUUAUGCAAAUUGUCGUCUCUAUUCUGAAUCUAAUAGUGAUAGUAAGAAAUGGAAGCACGAAGUCAAAGUAAAGCAUUCAACUAAGAAAAAGCAACAAAAUAUUGGUUCAUUAUUAGAAGAAGUAACCGAAGAAUUGAAAACCAAACCUGACUCAUCAAGCAGAAUUAUCCAAGGACAACUUCUUGGACAACUGACACUUAUAAAUAAUAAGGUUCAGAUAAGGAGAGAUGGAGAAGGUGGUCGGUUCGAAGGUGCUAAGUCACAACCUCCAAAUAAAAAAAAUUGGUCUGGAAAAAGGCAAACAAAGGGAGAAUUCAGAUCGAGAGAAAAAAUUAUGUCCGUUUCGCAAUUUGUCGAGCGCUUUCAGGCAAACAAAAAUCAGGAUCGAUCUCCCAUCAUUCAGCAAACAAUCGAUGCUGAAAAAGUCAACAGCUAUAUCAACACUUUAAUGAAUAAUAAAUCACGUCUUGGGAUGUUUAAUCCACCCAAGCAAAAAGAGCAUUCAGUUGAUGAAAAACCUAACCAUAAAACGGCAAUUGACUGGUGGGAUGAGUGUCAACGCAAUGCAGAUAGAGAGGGAAGAGUUGUUAAAAAUCAAUAUCAGGAAAUGAUGGAUUGGAUGAUAGAAGGGAACCUAUUGCAAUUUCCAGUGGGAAACGAAGUUGGGAUGGAAGAUGAGCAAGAUGUACCAUUUUACAAACACAUCUUUCUGCAUGAACAUUUGGAUGAUAGAUUCCCAAAGCAGGGUCCAGUAGACAAGUUUAUGGAGGCUGUCAUACUUGGAUUGUCCAAGAACUCAUACUUGACUGUAGCAGAAAAGGAAGACCACAUAAACUGGUUUAAAAAUUACUUCAAUGAAAAAUAUGAAACAUUGAAAACUCUGGGACUAGGAGCUAUUAGUAAUAACCAACCCAAGUGAUAUAAUUACUGUAUAUGCACAAAUUCUGCUGUAGAUGAGAAUUUUUGUUCGUCUGGCACUAGGAGAAGAAGAUCUGGUUGAGCAGCUUUGGUCAGGUGUCGGAAAUUUGAAGCCUAUGCUUUGCUGUGGUUGACUAUACAAGUGAUAUUUCGGGCAAAAUUCUUGAUAAAACUCCUACUUUCAAUCUUGUGAGCUGUUAAUUUGUAAAACUUUGGAUUUUCCAAUUGGGUUUGGCAUAUCUGUGCCGAAAAUUGAAAUAAUCUGUUUUUAAAAUGAAGUUAGAGGAGUUGACAUGUAUAAUACGAUCGAGAGCUCCUCUCAUAACGGGCUUCAUUUGAUUAGUCACCGAUAAAUCCCGGAUAUUCUCACCAACCAUUCUUUUUUUGCGCUUGGGCCCUCUUUCAAAUUCAACGCCCCAUUUGUCGCAAAGAAUUUUCCCACUUUUCAAACAUUCAUCAACUAUUCUUUCUCUUUCGGGAGAAAUCUCAGAACGGGAGAAAUAGUUGUACGGGUUAAUGGGUCCUUAAAAAGAAAAACGGUUUCAUUACAUCUGCACCUGUAUACUAUUGCACCUAUGGACAUUUUUUUGUUUUACGGAUAUUUGACCCCAAACCCGCAUAUAGAUUGAACCCGCGGAUAUACACGCUUUCAAAUGCACGGUCACGGUCACCAAGAAAAACACAUCUGUGUCUUGUCUAGCGGCGUGAAUACCCACAAGGUUGAGGGAAUGAUUGUCACAUUUAACAAACACUGCAUGCUUGGUUUUUUCGUAUAUCCUUUGUUGUACACCAUUCCGAUGUCCCACCAUUACAUCAGCAUUGUCAUAUCACUGCGAGCGACAAUUAUCUAUUUUUAUCUCAUCUUUCUGUAGUAUGGAGUAGGUUGGUCUAACCAAGUUGAGAGCGACGCUAAAGAGCCAAGUGCAACUGAGACUGUGAAGAGCUAAUAGCUUGAACACUGACUGGCGGCUUACUUAUCGAAUCUGAUAUGUUGUGUAUCCGACCAGUUGUGGCCAAUCAAGCUCAUUCUCCAAAUAAAUUAAACAUGGCGUUCACACGUUACGACGACAAGUUAGGUCGAGUUUCGGCGGUAUUCUGGUCGACGAUGAAUUCAAAAAAGUUGCCACAUGUGGUGAAGACAGUUAAUAAUAGUGUCCCGCUACACUACAGUUGGCGGCGUUAUACAAAACGUAUUGUCAAGUCUGGGUAGAUAAACAGCGUUGUCAAGUUCGGAUAGAUGUAUAAUGAUAAUAACCGUGCUCGACAGUGUGGCACAUCGCGCUAGAAACACGCUCGCCACAGCAUCCCUGAUUACCCUACCUUGGUUUGCAUCCCGCGGGAGAUAAUUAUGUGCAAGAGAAUUGUUGGAUCGCCCGCCGCUGUCGGGUUAAGCAUUUAUAUUCCAUCGUAUUAGAAAAUGAAUUCGCUUUUCGAUGGUAUUACCUAUCAACGAAGUACGAUAACAUACUUAACGAGCCUUCCGCAGAAUAAACAAACACGCCGACA